AUGGUAGUAUGUGAAUUAGACAAAGAAGUUUCAGGGGAAAUACUGGGAAAGAAACUAUCAGUAUGGCAGGCGUUACUUCUCCAUCGGGUACUGCCAUCUUGGGGUGGACUUGUUGUUUACAUGACUGUUAUUUGUUUCGAUAUGACUCUUAUUUACGAGCAUUUCCGUAACGGUGAUGAUGCAUAUUGUUAUUUAAUAUUUUGGUGGACUGAGGGCGUCUUCGCCUCUUACGCAGAAGACGAGGAACGCAUAGAAGAAGCUCUGUUAUUUGCAAGAGCCCCUUCGCCGCUGGAAUUAUACUUGUUCCUUCAAGCUUUCAUACAUUCAGCACCUCAUGCAAUUGUUAACAUUUUAGAUCUAAUGCUGCGGGUGUCUGAUCCGACAUAUGGUAAAGUUUCAGUUCAGGCAGUUAGUAUUAUCGCAUCAUGUAUGCGAAUGGCGAGCACGGCUACCUUAUACAGAAGAUUUGAACGAGAGAAAAUAUGCGGUCGUAAAUAUCCUUGGGGUAACGCAGGGAAUGCUGAAAAGGAUAAUGUUAAAAAUGAAGGGGUCGAAAAACGCAAUGAAGAUAAUAAUGUAUCCGAACAUAUUUACGAACCAAUUAAAAGACAAAGUAGCAGUUCUAACAAAUCUACCGAUAGCAAAAAUGAGGCGAACAAUGAUUUGAUUCAAUUCUCCCCACGCAAUUCAGAAAUGACUUCUUCGUUGUACGAAGAUAGUGCAUUUGAUUCUGAUACAAGUUCAAAUUACUUGUCACCGAUAACGUUACGUGAUGAAAAUACGGGGAGUGAUAACGAAUAUGUUCGACCGAUAUCAAUUGUGGACAAGGUGGCACCUUUAAGACAAAAGAGGGAAUAUGUUAUUGAAAACGUUUAUGUUCCCCCACCACCAGUGAUGGAUGCGCCUAGACCUGGCUCUUUAGCACUCUGGGCAGAAAAAAUCGUUGAAAAUGCAGAAAAUAUUCCUACCUGGCUAUCAGCUCCACCCAGAAGAAAACAUUGGGAGGUAGUUCAAGAUGAGCCUGACAUUCCACGUCGUGUUCCCAGAUCUUUCAUUCGUGGUCUCGAACCUCAAGAUAUAACUGCUGGACUAGUUCAAUACUUAGGCUGGUACUCCUUCUUUGUAUCACGAUUGCUCUCUAUUUCUGCAUUUAUCAAUUUCUUUCCCUACGUGGCUAUUAUAAUCCUUUUCUCUCAUUAUCAAGUUAUGUUACUCUUUCUAAUAGUUCCGCAAGCUAGCACGGUAAAGAGGGCAUUUUAUAUGUUUCUUGCCUUUAUCUAUUUAUUUUGUCUAAUGGAAUUUAAAAUACGCUUUAGACACGUGCGAGUGUGGCACGCGUUUUGGCUCAUAGCAUGUACCAUCGAGAAUAUAAUUUUUAUAGCGUUGUGGGCCAGCAUUGAUAACUAUUUCGACAGUUGGUGGAGACGAUUUGUUGUGAUAGUAACUUUUGGCAGUAUGUUGUUAAGUUACAUGUGUCUUCUCGUGUAUUUUGUGUUAUUAAAGCCAAGAGAAACCGUGGUUCCUAUUAAAAAUAGUAAAGUAAGCGCUAGUAAAGCUUUAUGA